AUGACAACUAUAAUCAACUCUCUAGUGAUGACUGCCAUAAUUGUGACCCGAAAGCUCCACCACCCUGCCAAUUAUUUAAUUUGCUCCUUGGCAGUCACUGAUUUUCUGGUUGCCAUCCUAGUCAUGCCCUUCAGCAUCGUCUACAUUGUCAAAGAGACCUGGAUCAUGGGCCAGGUGAUGUGCGACCUUUGGCUCAGCGUUGACAUUACCUGCUGCACCUGUUCCAUCUUGCACCUCUCAGCCAUCGCUUUGGAUCGCUACCGAGCAAUCACAGAUGCUGUGGAGUAUGCCAGGAAGCGAACCCCUAAGCGGGCAGGCAUCAUGAUUGCCGUCAUGUGGGUCAUUUCUGUCUUCAUUUCAAUGCCGCCAUUGUUUUGGCGGCACCAGGCUGCCAGCAGGGAUGAUGAGUGUAUCAUUAAGCACGACCAUAUCGUUUUUACCAUCUACUCCACGUUUGGAGCCUUUUAUAUCCCGCUGGCGUUGAUUCUGAUCCUUUACUACAAAAUAUACAAGGCAGCUAAGACUUUUCACAGGAGGAGCGUGAGUCGUGUUCUCAAAGAGGAGGCAAAUGGACAGGGUCUCCUGGAAGGAACUGAGAAAAGCUGCCAGCCAGCUUCCACAGCAUCAUGCACAAAAGGGAAAGCAUCUAACCGUUCAGGAGAUUUGGACAGAAUGCAUAUCUCCCUGCGAAGCCCCAAUUCUGAGUCCAAGAAUGAAAAGGGAUGGAAGAGACAACGGAUUUCUACCACGAGAGAGAGAAAGGCAGCAACUACCCUUGGCUUAAUUUUGGGUGCCUUUGUGAUCUGCUGGCUCCCCUUCUUUGUGAAGGAGGUGGUUGUCAAUACCUGUGAAAGAUGUCAGAUUUCAGAAGAAAUGAAUAAUUUUCUGACAUGGUUGGGAUAUAUUAAUUCUCUUGUUAACCCCCUGAUUUACACAAUCUUUAACGAAGAUUUCAAGAAGGCAUUCCAGAAACUUAUCCAAUGCAAGACCUCUCUGUGA